UGCAUUCCUCCUUUCCAACGUUUGCGCUGCAGUUGUACAUUUUCAUUUCCUCGCAAGAUAUGACCAGAUGGAGUGAUCGCCAGCGUGCAUACAGUUGUCCCCAUCGACUUCUUGUUGCAUUACACUGAAACGACAAACUAUCCACUGCUCUGCGUUGAUCGAUUCUGCAUCGUCAACGCACAACAAGUUUCCGUGGCAAUAGAAUGCAGGGGCGUUCAUGCCGUCAUGCCGCACAUGCAUGUUUUGUUUACCCGAGCCCCCUCUUCAAAAAUCGGGAAUAUGCAUUCCAGACUUCAUCCACAACGGGGAGCUUCCCAAGUAUCGAUUUCUGCAGCGGUUGUUUGGCAAGCCAAUACUACGAAUCGUAUGUUCCAUUAGUACGGGAAACCAAAUGAAAUCAAGGAAUGGUACUGCGACUUCACGUUUCGUUCGGAUAUUGCCUGCAAAGCUGAAAGGUAGAGUUACGAUGAUAUGGACUCGCAUAGCAGGGAAAGCCAUUCAUCUCUCCAUUAUCCAAUCACCGCACUCAUCCACUAUAUCAUCUCAUCACUUCCUCAGCUGUCCUAAAGCUGGCAAUCAAGCAGAGAGGAGCCGCAUGAUCAUCUCAUAUGUUCCAAAGAUUACCCAAUAGUUUUCCGAGGACAUCAUCAUGUCCCGGAAAGUCACCCGUCUAUGGGCUCACGAGAAAGACUUCGAGGGCUGAAGAAAAAGCGGGAUAAGCAUAAAACUGUAUUCGAACCACGACCCGAAAGCGAAGAAGGAGAAUCAGGGCUUGAUAUACCAGCACAGUAAUACCGCAAGGCUGACUGAGAAGCCAAUAAUAUCGCCACGAUCCUGACGUGCGAAUCACACUCAGCUCACGUUAUCUGCCACUACGCAGAAAUUCUGCAAGCCCUGCGCCUGACAGCUCUUACUCCAUGCUAGAUUCAGGCUUCGAAGACCAAUCACCAUAUAUUAUCGAUAAUGCAGAAGCCAUACUGGACGGCUGAACUGUACUUGCGGACGGAUGUUGCAUGAUUGUGAUUGCCUCGCAUCAACGAUUUUCCAGACCUCGCUUACAGUAUCUGAUUGGGCUGUCGAUUGGGGUUUCACAGGCCUGGAAUUUCAGCCAGUUGAGUCGUUUUUCCGUUUUCAGGGUGAUAGCCUUGCAGGGAGCCCGCGGAAUGAGAGUUGUUGGUGAUGGUCAUUAGAUCUGGUGGAGGUGUCAAGACACAACCAAGCAAUGCGACACUUUGAAUUGCCAACCAAAGACAGCUAAGCACAGACAGUAACAGACGAAACCGGAGCCGUACACAUUAAGCAUCGGUCUGUUGGCUGAUAAGCCCAUUGCCAAACAUUUCGGAGGCGAGGCUUAUCGUUGGUAAAGGCCACAAGGCUUUUUCGCUUCCAAGAACCCAAGUCUUUGUGCAAGAGGCCGGCAGUCGACCCUUCACAGCCUCAAAUCACCAAGACAGGCUACCGAACCAUGUAGUUGUUCUCCCCACACUACCAGCUUUCAAAGUCUUUUGGCACCUGCUAUCGCGGUACGCUCGAACACUGCAAGUGCUGUGAGUUUGGGAUUGAGGCAGCUUAGCGAGGCGGAGCUUUGCUCUCGUUCAUGCACAUCCACAGGGGAGGCCACCACCCCAGCAGUUCAUCCGCACAGACACUCCACACCAACUCAGCAACUCACAGGGGUGUUUACAAGCAAAUCAAAAGCAGGCGGCUUGUCUAUUUUCAGCUCCACGGACAACCCAACCGCUACUGAGCAGGAAGCGGCAUGGCAUGCCUCAACAUCGAUCCCACGCAUUCCUUCUCCUGUUGCAUGGCACCUACUGCACAGCAACAUACCCGCUUUCGUACCUUCUGAUGCAAGCUUUCCUUAUGAAGAAGUUCUACGGUUCAUAUAUAAGCUUGCUAGGCAUGUGCAUUUAUCCGUGAACAUCAUGCAGCACUAGUUUUUCUACCGCAGCUCUCUAUUUCCUUUAUUUCAUAUUUUGAUUUUUCCGCUUUUGUAUCAUUAACCCAUGAGAGAAACUCAUAUAUGGCAAGCUAUAGCUACAAGUGACUGUCAAGCUUGAGCUUAAGCUCAAGCUCAAGCAUAAUUUGAAAAACUAGUAUAUGCACAAAUAUGGACAACACAGGCGAAGGAGAACGAGACAGAGCUGUCAACAGGACAAUGGACACCGCCCGAGGACAUGACCGGGACGAACUCUUUAUGGAUGUCAUAGAGAUACAGCCAGCACCCCCAUCUCCUAUCCAAGAGAGCCGCACGCACUCGAAGUUACAUUCGACAGGCCUUUCUGAAUCACAAAAUCUACUCCCAAGUAGUCCGAAGAAACUAUCCCAGUAUUCGGCGACGGCAAAGGAUCUUCGACUCGAUAGACCAAUUGAAAAACUGAAGUUUGAAGGAGCAGGUGGCAUCAAAGGUGGCUUUAGAGUGAGAGGUGGUCCGGCUUGGAGCGGAGUACCGCAGACGCUGAGAAAGAGUAGGAUGGAAUGGUGGAGGAGUAUCACGGUCGAUGUUUUGGCUGUUGGAGCUUCAUUUCCGUUCUUUGCUCUUGCUGGAACUUUGAUUUGGUUCAAUGGAGAGGAAGCCGAGGCUGCCAAGAAGAAUAUUUUGGAGCAGUGUAUCAAAGGAGCAGCAACGUUGUUUCCCCUUUGUUUCUCAGUUGUGGUUGGGAGGGCUAUGGUCAAGUUUGCUUCUUGGAAUCUGGAAAAGGGAGCGUCUCUUGGACUUCUGGAGCGACUAGUGGGAAGUCGAACCGUGGGUGGAACAAUAAUCACGCAAGCCAGGCUGCGCUCCAUCACCCUCGUAAGCUUUGUCUUGGUACUGCUGUGGUUAUUAUCGCCCCUUGGAUCACAGUCCAUUCUACGAAUACUUUCUACGUCAACAAAAACUAGCACCCUCGACGCGGAAACUUCAUACAGCAAUUCUAGGCAAGCGAGUCGAGCCAGCACUGCAUCCUCAUUCUCGGGUUUUGCUGCUAUGUUUAGUUCAGCAUUAGUCACACCAGACCAAUUAAAGAACAGCUCGAUGGACAUCUGGGGCAAUGUCAGAAUACCGCUUUUCGCCAGCCUUUCGAACAUCGGGCCAGAUGAGAAUGGCUGGCGACAAAUUCCUAGAAACAACUAUACUCCGGCGUACACUUCUCUGUUUGGUAUUCCAAUUGCAACAUUGCCCGUUGGAAACACGACUCUCAACCUGGAGUCGACUUAUAUGCAGCUUGACUGUUCCAACAUCACUUCUCAGGUCGUUCGCGGCUCUAGUGUCUUCACCGAUCCGGGACUUAUUUCUUCUAGUGGUCCAUUUAAUUCGAGCCAGAUCAUUUCAGCUAAUACUACAUGGGCAAUGGGAUAUGUCGGAGAAGACGUUACCUCACUCCUCCCCAACCCAUCGAUCCAAAGUCUCGACAGCCUGCCCUCCGACCUAGCUUCAAAGACAUUUCUCCCGGGUCUCUUCCUAUACCAAGACUUCACUGGUCGUCAGAAUGUCACAUCCGUCUACUGUAUUCCGUCACAAGUCUACGUCGAGUCAGCUAUUCGCUGCGACAAAUCGUCCGCUAGCAAACAGGCCGAUUGUGCAGUCGCAGCACAACGGCUAUCUCUGCUACCACACAUGCCAACAGCACUGACAUCUUUCGCAAUGUUGUCGACUUUUCUGAAUCUUACUUCACUGCUCCCCGUGUCAACACCGGCAGCAAACAAUAUCGACAUUGUGCAAAAUUACCUUAUCAACCCCUUUUCAAACGCCUAUAUCCAAUCCACACCAAGUGUCUCGCAAGCUUCUCUUUCCACUAAUAGCACUAAUGCAAACGAAACUGAAAGCCGCCUCCUAUCAGUUACCCUCGAAAACAUCAGCCACCGCCUUAGCCAAAUAAUUAACACUUUCAUCCAAGGUACUCUCCCCAAUGCCCCUUCCUACCUCAAACACGACAUAUCAGUGGGCCCUGCGUCUAUAGCGGCAAACACAUCCACACUUCUCUCCGCUCAGAUCUCUGCCUUAGCUCCAACCCUCACCGUCCCAUCCAAACUCCUCACCCUCACAUCCGUCUUGAGCAUUUCUUGGGUCUGGACGUCCCUCUUCCUCUUCAGCACACUCAUCAUGCUCCUCGCGGCGCUCUUCUCGGAAUUCUUCUCGCGCCGAACACUCACCCGCGACUAUCUCAGCGGCGUAUCGAGUCUAUGCCGCGAGUCUCAGUAUGUCUCGUUUCCUGCUGGGGGAGUAGGCCUGGAUGGGUUGGAGAGGAGUCGCUUGUGCCAGAAUUUAAGGAUCAAGCUGGGGGACUUGGGGGAUGUGGAGGGUGGGUGUGAGGUUGGGACGGGGGUUGCGGUCAGUGUUGGGUCGCUGGGGAUUGGGAAUGAGGAGAUGGUGAUUGAGUUGGAUAAGAGGAAGCUUUAUUUGUGA